AUCGCCAACUGCUUUUUGAAGAUUUCGAUCCACGCCCUCACGAUCCCUCGAGUCGAGAUCCCUUGCUCACAUCCCGGAUCUGGCCCAGAAGGCAACCACCAUGUUAGUGAGAGGCCACAAUGCUCUGAGAAGCUCCCGAGCACUCUUCAGACUGCCGAGCCUAGUGCGUUACAGAUGCGAGAUAAAAGAAGGGCCGGAGCCGGAGCAGAAGCAGAAGCGGAAGCCAAAGGAAAGGCGAACCACAAGGCCAUGGCCAAGUGGUCUACAGGAGCUAGGAGCUGAAUCAGCACGUCCGAUUCCCGCAGACCCAAGUUCCACGUUUACCAUGGUUAAUAUUCCGAAUGCCUCCACAGCGUAUGAAAGAUGGCCGACCCUCAAGAACUUCAAACCAGCGCUGCAACCACGAACAUGUGGAACUAUACGUCCUGGCGCAGGUCCUGGCGGCGGUGCAACAGUCGACGCCUAUAUGGAGCUAUCGUGUCUUCCUUACUUAUAUAACGAUCUUGGCGUGAUGAUCUUUGAAGGCCCGCACUGCGUCCAGGUUAAGAUUAUGUCAAAUAUCCUUCGGAGCGUUGAAUGUGAAGAAUGUAGACUGCAGGAUAGAGAUUGGACUACGGCUAAAGCCUACUACGAGGUGAAUUAUUCCAAGUGGAACGUGUAUCGUAUAAAGUUAGAUCCAAGCAAACACGUCGAGACAAGUUCUCAGAACGGUAGAAGGAAAAGCAGCAUAACAGCCAAUGGACUGUAUGACCUUACCAAUAUUGCACUUGAGAAAUGGAAAGCGGAUGGGACAGGAGGACCUGUCCCUGUUGAAACUCUGCCUGGUUCUCUGAAGAUGUACAUUCUGAACCACACUGGCGGCCCAGGGCUAGCGAAUGAUACCAUCAAUGGGUCGUAUCUACCCCAACUGCAUGUCUACGUUGCGACCGGGAUUCGGGGCAACACAAUCUACAUGUGCAUCGAGUUUCAUACCGUCGGCACAAGGCGCUUGGUCGGCGCAACAUACCUCAGACUCAGACCGACUUUCGACCUCUCACCCGCCAAAUACAUGGCCGAGGAGCCCCCUCAAAGGGUCGAUGGAAACACCGAUUUCGACCAAAAGUUCACCACUAUCGAGGAGAAGAUAAAGGCCGGUAAUGCUUAUUCCGAAAAGCAAGCAUUUCAGCCUCCACCACCCUAUGCCAGAAGCAUAGAAAGUUCAUUGGAGUUUUACGAAAAGUUGGUACCAAGUAAUACACGCCGAAACAGCGAUAUAUUCAAAGCAGCGAUGUUCAAGUUAUACAAGCUGGAGAUGAGACUCUGGUCGCAGAGGAAGAGGGCUAUGAAGAAGUAA